GUGGGCGGCGCGCCAGUCGCGCGCGCCGGGCCGGCCGCCCGCCACCGCGCGCCGCAUGAGCCGGCUGUGGGAGCGGCUGCGGCGCCGUCCGGAGCUCGUCACUGUCUGCCUGGAGCCGCCGCCGCCAGCCGCACCAGAUGCGAGUCCGGGAGUGCCGGUAGCGGAGCGGGAGGUGGAGCCUGUAAUGGAACCGCUGUCCCGACCUCUGCCAGACAGCCUCACCUGCCCAUCCUGCAAAGUUACGGUGCCGGUGACGGGCGCCCGAGUGCGCCAGAUUUGUCAGUACUGCGGUAACUUCUACAACGCCGAGGCCAACACCAAUGUCGCUCUCCGACGGCCCCAGAACGGCGGCGUCUCGCUCCCCCUCAUCGCGCAGGUGGGGCGCGGCCCCACGGCCAUCAGCGCUGCCCUGCUCUCCCACCUCGGCGUCAACCUGUCACCGCUGGCCAUGGCCAGUGUCAUCUACACCCCCGCACUGCCACCCAUUCCGACCACCCCGCCGCGCACCUCCAGCAGCCGUCUCAGCACGGCCAACUCGAUCCGCUCGUCCCGCAGCAUCGAGUCGCUGCUCAGCUCGUCAACAGGCAGCCAGAGCCUGCGCCGACCAGUCUACCCGGUUCAUCAGAAGCGCCGCGAGGAGUUCCUCACGGACGUGCAGAAGGCUCGCGAAAGCGACAAUUACGCCGACAUAUCCGUCUACCUGCGGACCAUCUUCGAAAGUUUCGCCGACAUUUGUGCCGCUUUCAAGGAGGAUCCAGAGCGGGACGGGGCCAAUGUGGACAGCCCCGAACUGAAGAUGGAGUUUCUGUACGCCGUCCAUGACGCCCUGCAGUCGAUGCCGUCCAUUGUGCAGAAAUCUGUUCUCAAGUCAAUCAUCAACUCUCUUCUUCAAGAAAAGAGAAGGCUGUUUCACAAGGACGAGGUGCGAGCGCUGUUCAUCCUGGUGCAGUCGCCGCUGUUCGCGCCACAGAGCUCGUACACGGUGUUUGCGCACCUGCUGAGGCAGCUGACCACGCUCUCCAACGGCGACCACCAGAUCCUGAUGCGCUGGUUCAGAUGUCUGGAGGCGAAGCGCCUGAAGAUGAUCGUCUCGCACAUCAUCCAGUUCAUCACGAUCCGUCAGUUCCCGCCGGCGGACGCGUCUCUGCCGCCGCUCAACAAGUCGCGCUGGUGGAUCCCCACCGCCAUCAAAGUGCUGGCGCUCAUCAACGCGGCCAACAACGCUGCCAGUCCGGCGCUGAUCUCGUACACCGAGUUCUACAACCACGCGCUGGACCACGUGGACCUGAUGCAGGAGUACGCCAACUGGCAGACGCCCGACCGGCCCGACCGCUUCUCUUACUGCCAGUACCCGUUCAUACUCAGCAUCGUGGCCAAGCGCACCAUCCUCACAAAGGACUCUGAGCAGCAGAUGAUUCUGACGGCGCGCCGGUCGCUCGUGGCCAAGGUGUCGCGCCACCAGCCACCGCAGAUCGACGUCUUCUUCCUCAACAUCCACGUCAGGAGAUCGCGGCUCCUGGAGGACUCGCUCAAAGAGAUCGCUAACAAGCAGCGCGACCUCAAGAAGAAGCUGAAGGUGACCUUCUCGGGCGAGCCGGGCCUCGACAUGGGCGGCCUCACCAAGGAGUGGUUCAUGCUCAUCAUUCGUAAGGUGUUCGACUCCAGCUACGGGAUGUUCGUGUACCACAACAAGUCUCGCUGCUACUGGUUCUCGACGACCCACUCGGGCUCGCUGAGAGAGUAUAACCUGAUCGGGGUGCUGAUGGGACUGGCCGUCUACAACGGCAUCAUCCUCGACCUGCGCUUCCCGCACAUCUGCUACAAGAAGCUGCUGAGCCCGCCCGUGGUGCCCACCAUGGAGCACGUGGCCGUGGGCAUCGCCAAACACCCCACACUAGAAGACCUGGCCCAGAUCAUGCCGGAGGUAGCAAGAGGGCUGAAGGAGCUGCUGGCCUACGAGGGUAACGUCGAGGAGGACCUGUGCCUCAACUUCCACGUCUCGAUCGAGGAGUUUGGGAAGGUGAUCACGGUGAACCUGCGAGAGAACGGCGAGGAGGUUCCGGUGACCAACGAGAACCGGGACGAGUACGUGCGUCUCUACCUGGACUGGAUCCUCAACACGGCCAUCUACGAGCAGGUGCGCGCCUUCUACCUCGGCUUCCACACGCUCGGCGCCUCCAACGCCCUGCUGAUGUUUCGGCCGGAGGAGGUGGAGAUGGUGGUCUGCGGCUGUCCCACCAUCAACCUGUCAGAGCUGAAAAAGGUCACCGAGUACGACGGCUACACACCCAACCACGAGGUCAUACAGAACCUGUGGGCGACACUGGAGGAGUUCAGCACCGAAGACAAGAAGCGGUUCCUGCUGUUCGUCACGGGCAGCGACCGUGUGCCCGUGGGCGGCAUGGGCGAAAUGACCUUCAAGGUGAGCCUGUACCCGAACAAGGAGGAGAUGCUGCCGCUGGCACACACCUGCUUCAACCAGCUGGUGCUGCCGGCCUACCGCGACCGCGCCACGCUCAAACAGAAACUCUCCGUGGCCAUCUGCAACGCCGAGGGGUUCGGCCUGGAGUGAGGUGGUGCGGCGGACUGGCGCCCCGGACGGCGCUGGGGACUCGAGUCGUAUGGAGACGGAUGCGGCCAUGCGUGAGGCCGGAAGAUGUCGAAUGCCGCCCGCCUUACCCUGUGUGAAGGUCGGGGUUACCUUUAUCUCACGGCCCGGCCGGUUCGGCCGGUUAUCGUCUGUGAUAUGUGAUGCGUGUGCGGUGCCGGCACGGCCCGGUUCUGAGUGGAUGCAAUCUAUUUUCUAAUGCCGGUAACGCUUCGGUGCUCCAACUGUUCAUGUAUGCAAGGUCAGAGCACACCGUCCGUGUCCAUAUGGUGAACUCUAAUGCACUGUGGAUUGUACCAUGUUCCCACUAAAUAUCAUAACAAUUUAUUUUUGACUUUGACGUGGCCUUACCUCGUGAGCGUAACAAGCAAACCCCGACAGCUAAGUUCGAAUCCAUGCAUUGCAUAUCCAGUUGUCGAAGAAUGUCUCCGGUCGAGCCAUUUCAUGACUGUUAUCGCUUAUGGAUGGGAGUGACAAUACUGCGUUACCAGUGAGCGUCCGAGUUUUGCGGCGAGAAAAGCCGGUUUUGGGGCAAUAACAUCAAUUGGGAAAUAAGAUUUCGGUUGUUACUUAUAGAGCAAAGCUUAUUUAGAAUAAUUCAGUGCCGAAAACGAUUGUAAAUUAGGGUACCUACCUAUCUCUAAUAUUUACAUACGUUAAGAAAAUGUUCUAAUUAACAUUCGGGGAUGUGAUCGUUUUCAGAACCUCGCAGCUACCGGCUAUCAUAAUGAUAUUGUUGUGGGCGCGAUAAGCAUCCAGCAUGCUUUAUCUUUGACUGGGCCGUAUAGUAUGCAAGUGUGGACGUGGUGAUGACCGCUGACCGCUGAAUUCCUAUUUCAUAUACAACGGGAACCAGGAGACACUGUUGCACAAUACUUUUUCCCUUUUUCUUACAACAUUCCAAAACUCUGAAGAAAUACGAACAAAAUAGUGAUGCUCUUUGCUUGUUGCUUUUCUCUUGUCACGGUUAAACGUUUAUGGCAUAAUAGACGUUAAUCGGCGUUGAUUAACUGGGAAAACUUUUCACAAAAACAAUAUAAUAGCACAAAAUACAUUACACCACCGACAUAAAUAACUUCUCAGUACCUAUUCUUUUACCGAACACAGUACCUCCUGGGUCUCAAAAUCCUGACCAGUCUGUACGGUAUAAUCGUAAUAUUUCCGUCACCUCCGCCCUUACUUACGACACACAUGGCCACCCUCUCUGUCCGUUCCAAAAUACCCAUCCGUCAGUUCGCCUGACCGUGACCCCGAACCACCAUCCGAGAUGUCAUCCCGCCAUGAAAAGCUGUUUAACUAAAUGCACAGAAAGAAAAGUUGUUGGCGCCUUGUGAGUGUUAACGGUGUGAGCAUCUCUUUCGCUGUCGAGAAAGACAAACUUGU